AUGGUCACCACGCAGUCCGAGUGUCGUCGACUCAUUCCAGGCACUGAAGAAUUCUGUGCGUUGUGUGAAGAAUACUGUAUGCUUGCAGAAGGUGGCAUUGACAAUGAGACCGACAGAUGUGAAUGCCUACACGAUACUCCGAUGAGACCUGAGUUUCCCCGGUACUGGUGCAUAACUGAGAUUUACACACACGGCCUGAGUGUUAAAUGCCGGCCUUCGUAUGACAACGCUACAGCACUUGCAUGUUCCAGCCUAAAUGGGAAAACUCCGAGUUGUGAACCGCUCCAGUGCAAGGAAGCCGAGAUCGACUCCUUGGCAUCCUUGACGGAGAACCUUCCACAGGUUAGCCUUCACGUCGCAAAACUAGAUCCGCAUGGACCUGGACAAAGCCUAGAACAUACUGAAACUAAUGAAUGUCCUGGGUUCGUGAGAAAAGAUAUCGAUCCCUUGAGUUUUUCGCACAGCCGCCUCGAGGUCAUGGAAAGUCCUCUCGUCGUACCUGGAUGUACCGCAGGCCAAUACGAAGUCUCCGGCAUAUCUGCCUUCACCACAGACUGUAUACAGACCAAUAAGAAAGUUCCAGAGAUUAUUAUUCAGUGCUUCAGGUCCGAUGAUCAGGAGGCGAACAGUAGUCCGUCCGAAGCAUGCAACUUGCUGGAAAAAGGCAAGAACCAAGGGAUGGAUACCCUGCGGGUCCCUGACCGCUCAUCAAGAUCGUUUGCCGAGGAGUGGCGACACCUCAGCGCGGAGGGUCACGUGACCUCUCACCUGGAAUUCGCGGUAAGGCAGGGGUACCUGGUUCGACCGCCGGUCACGAGAGGUCUUUUGGGAAGACAGUUUGACGUAAGGCAGAGUUUCGGAGAGAGUCUGGAACCUGUCCACACUGACUGCAUCCGCGAAACCCGGGAUGAAAAAAGGUUCAUAAAACGCAUGAAAAAUAUGGACUUAUUUCAGCCCUUUUCACAAUCACAGAGCACAGAAUCCUCCUCAGAAGCUGACUGGAAUCCCACGCGCUCUGAGGACGAGCCGGUCAGUUGCAGGGCGGAGGAAGCAGAGCAAGCCGGAGGAUGUGUCCCCUGUUCGCCUCGCGAUCCCACCAGGGGGUCUUGUAGGGCCAUAUUGGGUGCACCGGCGGCUGAUAAUGACGGUCGCGUCACAGCAACACAUACCUACCUCCCAACUUCUAGCGUUUCUCUGUCUCAGCUAUUGAGCGGACAGUUGUCAGGUGGAGGGCAGCACCCUUCCAAGUCUGGUCACAGCAAGACCGACGAAUUCAGUUAUUUGUUUCAGUCAAGCGAGUCAACUUUUGACCUGUCCACAUCCUCCUCUGCCUUCACCUCAAAUCCCCAGGCGUUCUCCUGCCCGGAUGACAUAAAAGUAGCGGUUCCCGCGUGGCCGCAGGCUGAUGAGGAGGGUUCAGUUGCUCCGGACAGUCUAGGCAGCAAAACGCACCAGGAUCUACAACUGUCAGAUGCAGAGGGGUGUAAAUAUACUGGCCCAUCUGUGUGCCGGCAUCUACUUUGCACACCGGUUGAAUCCAAGUCGCAAAGGACAAGUCCUAAUUCGGUAGAUGGCAGUGUCGUAGAGAUGCCAGAACACGUUUCUCUGUCACCCUUGCAUUAUGAGAGGAUGCGAUGCGCGGACAGCAGCCUCUUUUACGAGGUCGCGGCAGCAAUGGCGGACGAAACAAGAUAUUUUUGUGCUGAGCAUGAACGCCAGGAUUCGACAACCAGGCAACUGCAGCUGCCCACGCCCAUCCUAAAGAGUCCCGAACGCCCUCGUCAAUACAAUGAGCUUGGGCGACAGGAAGUUGCUUGUCGACAGUCCCUACCCGAAGUUCAAAUUGGUCGCAAAGACUUGACACUUGACACGGGGAGUUGGGCUGGCGAAAUGGAGGUUGACUGUGGGCUGAUUAGAACGAAGGAAUCAGAUGAAUUUCAGAGCUCACUGAGAGUUAAGGUAGACUACGCAGAAGCAUCGUCCUGCAGAAAUGAUCCACUGCCGCUGCACAAGAGUCAACAUCUGGGAGCAGAGAGAGAGUCACAAAGGAUCGCGACUAACCAUCCCAACAGGGUUCAGAAUACUGAGGCGACCCCCGUAAAUGUUUGUGAGAAUGGCAACACGUCGCAGGGCAGAGGAAGCUCGGUAGUGAUUGAGGCCUGCAAGAAAAACUCUACUGAGGACACAGAGGAACGAUUCGGAAACAAGAACGGCCUUCAUGCCCCGACGCUGAGGAAUUCAGCUCCGCUGGCUGAAGUAAGGAUAUCGGGUGAUAACGGAGAACAAUUUGCCGCUUAUAGAUCAGCCAGCCCAGACUGCAGAUCAACCUGCCACACUUUAUCCACUGAGCUUAGAUCAGAUCGGGUAGCUAACUUUUCACUAACCGCAAAGACUGGUGCAAUGACUUCCCAGGUUAGCAUACCCUGGCAAAACGCCACCGAGUGCGCCAGACUGGAGGACUCCAUGAAGGACCUUGAUACGAGCAGUAAACGCCCCGCCUUCUCGAUAGCCAGCAGUUCACAUCUCAAGGGCAAGGUCUGCGAGUUGGAGCAAACAGCCCUGGGCGUUGAGAAGUUCCAUCUGCAGUUGGAGCAUGAGGCCAUUUUUAGCUGUAUUACGACGGCCGUUGAAGUAAAUUCACUAAGGUCACUGACUAUCAAGGACUCGACUCAACAGGUCACCUCGGGAGAGAAUGAGGAGGAAUUGGGGAGGCAAGAGAACGCUUUGACCCAGCUGGACGAGCUCAGUAUCGCCAACUCUGUCAAGUACGGCUCAAAAGCCCUAGAUGAGGGCGGAAACUGCGCCAGUCGAGAUGGGGGGCAGAUCUGCUCGAGGGCCGUUUCUGAUGGUGGUGAGGCGUGGCCGAAUCAGGGGUUUGCAGGGUCUACAGGCGCCACUGGCUGCAAUUUGAAGCCCUACACACUUUCUCCAAGCUUUCCUACGGGUGAGCAGGGGGGAACUCAACGCCUCCCCGCCAGCCCUGUAGGUGUCCUCGAAAAGCCUGUUGAUGGACUAGCCAAAUCCACCGAUCUGCAACUCGUGCAUGCGAUUGAACAGGCUAGGGAAAGUCCAGCAACGACAGCGGCGUCUUCAAGUAUGUCCAGUGAAGACCCCGCUGCAGAUGCGGAUUCUCAGUCAGGAAAUAUCAGAAAGGCGUUGAAAGAUAAGGCUGUUGUGAAAUCGCCCAGACGGCAGGUGCCUCGGCGGGGGACUAAAACUGGCUUCAGAGCAGAGAAAUCAGAACAGAAUGAAAUGUCCUGUGGCAUACCUGGUACAGAAGACUGCGUCCCAAGCCAUGCCAGACAGGAUUGCAGUCUGCGUCUGAAAAAUGAUGCCGCAGAAUUCUGUCUCUUUCCAAAAGUCGGUCAGGCAACCAGUGACUCGUUCCCGCCUGACUGUGAGUCUACGAUGUCCAGAGACGCCAAGACAACCGCAGAGUUCCAUCGCGCAUUGGCCAUCUCCUUAAAAAAUGCCCUACCCGGUGGUGGCACCCAUGUGGAUACGUUUGAGUUGAAGCAGGGUUGCGGGACAGAACCAGUCAUCAGCCUAUCCGGGCGGACUAAGGAGCAUGACAAGGACAGUUCAUCCGACUUCAAAGCCUCCAGUGCUAAGACUGGAUCAAACACCCAAGAUCGGGCUGUCUGGUCUAACGCUGGCAAUCGGCAGUAUGAGCCUCGUGCGGGGGAAGCAGUAGGCGGCAUACGAUCAAGCAGCGAGAGCGCAACCGUCCGACGCUGCGGUCCGAACAUGGACGCCAUGAGUCCCUCGCGUACACUGUCGAAACCCAUCGGCUGCAGUAGAGUCCGCGCCUGCAUUCCUUACACCCAGGGCGACUCCUGUGGUGGCGGCAUGUGUCUUGGUCAGCCCCAGAUGAAUACAAUGCCCUACAACAACAACAAGCUCCUCAGUCGUCUGACUGGAAUUGACGAGAGAACACACAACCCCCUGCUGACGUUCCCUUUGGGGGAGGGGGAAGCGGAACAGCGAGAGGCCGAGUCCACUCUCGAAGAUGACGAAGACAGUGAGGACAGGACAGCUCGCGUGUACACUGUUGAAAGAGCGUACAAUGUGACGGCUGCGGCGGGGAAGGGUGAUGAGACGGGGAGGUGCGUACUGUUGAGAGCAGCUCCAGGCCAGUUGGUGUCCAAUUUUCCACCAAGGUUGUUUGUACCCUUCUCGGACGGGGAGGAAGACUUCCCGGAUGAGGACCAGGAGGAGGAGGAAGAAGAGGAGGAGGGCGAGACGCCGGAGAGCCUUCACACCAUGUCACCGCUCCGCUACACCAGAGUUUACUGUGACGUUGAAACAGAGGCCGCGAAUGGCUGCGACAGGGGAGUUUCAGGGCUGGAUGGAGCAAUAAGGGAGUGUCUGGAUCGUAAGCGGCAGGAGAGGGGAGACAGGGAGUUGAAACCUGAUCUUAGUGCCAACAGAACCCGAAAUACGUACUCCAGUCGAUGUUUCGACUACGUCACUGAAUUCUCCGAAGUGGUCUCCACCAAAGUGCCCAGUCUGGCGACGCAUAGGUCUCUCGGCUACGGAAUUUCAGAUUCAGAGUCGGCACAAGGAGCUCCCUUAACGCCGCCAUCCAUUCUUGAGCAAGAGGGCCCACGAAUAAAUAAGCAGCUUGAAAUUCGGAAGAUGCCUAACGGGGUGCAUCAGCCCUUGUUUGUCCUCCAUCCCAGUACCCUCAAGGUGAAAGAACCAAGAGCAGAGGUUAGACCACCACUGUCGACGAGGAGCCAGCUGUCUUCUGGCACGCAAACGAGCACCAGAUCAGGAGUGCUGCCCGGGCUCAGCCAACUGAUUGAACCAGAUGCCAGAGCGAAGGUCAUCUGCAGAGUCAUACGCAAACCCCCGAGGUUCAGCGGGCUAAAGUCACCGAAGCAGAUUGAUCCAAAAAUCCGAGAGCGACAGAAGCGUGCCUUUAUGAAGAAGAUUCGUCAGCUUUCCGCUGCGCGAGCACUGAGUGUCGAUCGAAACGAGCUGAGGGGUUGGAACGUCAACAAUUCUUGCGCUCUCUUCAACACCAGCUCAAAGGCUGCCUGGAGAAUGGAGGCUCUGGUGGAGUUGAUUGCCAAAUUUGCACCCGUGCUAAACUCAGGAAACUCCAAUCAUAUUUGUGCAGACCUCAUCAGAAGGAAGAACGCACUCCUAAGGAGAACUAACUGGCACAGCUCAAUCGUCAAUCGCAAUAAUUUUGGGUGGGGUGAGUUAGAUGGAGGCGGUCACCCGGCUAGUGAUGCCGCACUGUUCAGAUACCGGUCCAUCUCCCGUGAAGCAAAUAAUGCCGUUUCUCCUCCUCCUCUUCCAGACGCAGACCAUCUGCUCCUCUGUCAAUGUGCAGAAGUGGGGAUGAGUAACAGCAGACGAAGAACAGACUCAUCAACGAGUGGAUUUCGUGAGCUACGGGCUCGAAAAAACCUCCUUCAGCACCUCAUGGGGGAAGACGCCGCUGCUUCACCGGGAAGUGGUCGUGAGGCUAGUGGAACUCACCAGACAGAGCCGCUCCCAGAGGAAGAUGGGCAAGUCGUCGAGGCCCAGGUCCGACGAAAUGGCCGGCCACGAAUACGCUCUGAACAGCCGGUGGACAGAUCGUGGGCAGCCUCAGUUCUAGGCAGUGGCGAUGUCAGUAAGUCAGUGGAGACGCGACUUCCGUUGCAACGAGAGACGAGGCGGAAGGAGCGGAGAGGCCUCCGUUUGGAGGAGCCCGCGGAGGAGGGGGAGAGCAUGGGUUAUUCGUCUACCUCCGACCUGCCCACGGAAGUUCGUCUGGAAUUUGAGGACGCGGUGCGCCAGACUCGGACCGUCUCGGCCAUUACCUCCAGUUCGACCACCACCGCGCGACACGAGGAGUCGGACACCUACAGCCCUCCCGACGUCCAAUGGCAGAUGGAGGAGUGCAAGGGAGUCCAUCCACGACAGAUGGGAGGCCUGAAUCCGCCGCCGUCACCAUCUGCUGCCGUGAGGAAGAAGGUGGUGCCGCGGCCCGAACGCUCCAGUUGCUGUGCACAGAUUACGGGCACGCCAGUACCACCCGCACGGACACACAGACUGCAAAUUCAAAGGGUACCCUUCGGGACCGGACUUUGUCUUGGUGUCGGCCGACAAGUGGUCAUCUUUGGGGGACCCAUUAAGCGAUCAAGGCCCUAUUUCAGACGUUCCCACCUUGCCCGCACUCCCAGUACUAACUCGAGACACCUAAUGAGCAGUCGAACGCUAACCUUUGUGGCCAUUGUAAAGUCGAAAAUCGCGACUUCGCGAACCUACUCUUUGAGGGGUUUGCGGGAGAACGAGCUGCGGCGAUUAGAUGAGUACCAGAACGAUGUUGUUGUGUGGACGGUUGCUCUGAACACGGCGGUGGAGAGUUACUGCCCCUUCAACGGCCUCCCAAAUCCUGACUUGAACUCUGUGGCCCAGUGGGAGUACUGCAAAACGGUGACACAACAUUUCGUUUCAUCCAAUCCCCUCCCGCGUGGUGCCUUGUGGGCGAGCUGGUAG